AUGAGGCAGAGAUAUAUCGAUAUACCUUCAGUAAACAAUUCUUCAUCGUGUGAAAGAACGGAAACAAAUAUAAGAGAUCAUUUUCGAUGGAAAAGUAUCAAGCAAUUUUUAUAUAUAGCGCAUGCCUUUUCUUCAACAAGUUUCAGCUUCGACUUGUUCUCCAAAGUAUUAGUUGUUAACGCUCACAUAAUAGAGUAUAUAAUAUACGCGAUGUUCAUAGGUAUAAGCUACAUGUUUAUGGAUUUCUUCAUAAAACAAUAUACUAGACGGUUGGAUACGAUCGAAACAUUGAAUCCUUUGAUGAGAGGUGUUUCUUUCGGCAUUCUGCUGCAGACUGCUGUAUGGACUUUAAUGCACGCAUGCAAUUUAGCGGACUCCUUAAGAUUUUUAAUGGCCAGCCUGGACCGAUCGCCGUCGUGGACGAAAUGCCAAAGAGCGUCGAAUGUGUCGUGCCUGUCUUCCCAGGAAUUGAUAUUGAACUGUCGGCAUGACAUAAUGAUUGAUUUCAGCAGCACUUCCGCCCACGUCAGUUACACUAAGCAAUUUACGAGCUUCGACCGAAAUAGCUUAUCGAUGAGGCUAUUUGUUAUAGCUAUAGUGUGGAUAUCUAACUUCUUUAUAGCCACCAUUUCCGAUGAAGCGCUUUUAAAGCUUUUCAAAUUCUCAUUUCUAUUUGGAUUAUUUUCGACCGCAUACAUAUUAAUAUUUUUAAUGUGUUCUUCAAAAUACACCACCAAAGCUUUUUAUGAUAUUAUGGAUAUAAAAGAUGGUUUCAAACUUAAUUGCUUCAAUCUAGUAACAGACCCGUUCGGUGUAGGUCUGAUUGGAGCGUAUGACUUUGGGCAUAUAUCACCUUUCCUUAUGACCGACAAUGCUGUUAUAAUUUUCACCAUAGUCUUCAUAGCGGUCGCCUUCGCUCGUUCGCUAAUCGUGAGAGUGUUGUACAUGAAACUGACUAACUGUGUGAAUGUGAAGUACGUGGACACCCCGCACUACUUGUUGUUCGCCAUCUUGCCUCUGAGUACGGAGUUCUUGGACGCGCAUAAAGUGUUUGUGUUAUAUAUCUACGCUUAUCUCUUGACUGCGCUGGUUUCUUGUUUGGCAAUGUUUACUUCAACAAUAUCAAGACUAUUGCACAGUGAAUUUCGUUCUGUGAAAAAUAUUUACAUUGUCGGCUUGCUGUGUUUUCUGGGAUUCACUUUGUCGCUGCCUCUCAGUAUCUUUACAACAAAAAGAAGACUAGGCGUAUUAUACGGGCUCAACAUUUGCACACUAUACCUAGGCGGUUGCAAGGUCGCCAUUGUUAUGUGGGUGUAUGGAGUUAAGAGGUUUAGUAAUGAUGUGCAGUUCUGGCUUGGUUUUAAACCAACAAGGUUCUGGGUGUUUCUAUGGGCAACGUUCCCUGUUUUGAUAUUGGUAAUAUUGAUCAACAAAAUAGUAAAAAUGUUAUACUUAGAGGACUUCCACGCAUCAAUCGCAUGGAUAUUCAUAACAGUGUGCUUUGUAUUAAUUUUUCACGUAAAAAUUAUAGCGAAAUAUAUUUUGAAAAAUAAUUUGGCUGGGAUUUUAAAAAGUAAUCCUAAAUAUGGCCCUCCGGAGUUAGAAGAUCGUAUAAGGAGAAGAAACUUUAACGAGUUAUUUAACAGUAAGCAAUGUCGACACGAAUGCCUCAUCAUAGAUGGGAAGUUCGAGUGUAACCAUUUGCCGUUGAUGUUCAAGGAGAAAACCACAUCUGAGCCGUCAUCUCCUUCGUCUUUGACCAACAUAUACGACGCGGGCCCGUCGAAGAAACGACCUUCGAGUGUUAUGGAUGCAUGUAUUUUACACAUGAGUUAAUAAAUGGUGAUUAAUAAAG